UUAUACCCUCAACCAUUUCCCUUAAUUCCACUCCAUUGAAAAAAACCAAACAAUCUUUGGAUCCUUUUUCUCUGUCACACACUUCACCUCUCUCCCCUUCCCAAUGUCCCUCUGCAACUUUUUGUUCUAGAGAACCCUGUUGGUUGAUUAUUGAGUAUCAAGUUGCUAUCUUUGCUAUUUCGUGAUAAACUAUGAACUCCUCAACAAGGUUGGAUUCAGCUGUGUUUCAGCUCACACCCACUAGAACAAGGUUUGACUUGGUUAUAACUGUGAAAGGAAAGAAGGAGAAACUUGCCUCAGGCUUGCUCAACCCAUUUCUGUCCCACUUGAAGGCUGCUCAGGAUCAAAUGGACAAGGGUGGUUAUUCAAUUGUUCUUGAGCCUGAGGGUGUCAAUGAUGCCUCAUGGUUUACAAAAGGAAUUGUUGAAAGGUUUGUUCGUUUUGUGAGCACUCCUGAGAUAUUGGAACGUGUGUAUACUUUAGAAUCAGAAAUCUUACAAAUUGAAGAGGCUAUUGCAAUUCAAGGAAACAAUUCUUUAGGGAUUAGCACUGUGGAAGAAAACCAAGUAAAGCAUGUGGAAAGCACUGAAGGCAGAAAGAAUCACCAGGAUACUAAUGAGGAGAAAGCAAUUGUACUUUACAAGCCUGAUGCACAGCCACUUGAAGCAAAUGGAAGCACCACAUCAGAAGGAAAUUCAAAAGUUCAUCUUCUGAAGGUCCUAGAGACGCGUAAAUCAGUACUGCAGAAAGAGCAAGGCAUGGCAUUUGCACGUGCUGUUGCUGCUGGUUUUGACAUUGACUACAUACCAGCUUUGAUGUCAUUUGCUGAAUGCUUUGGGGCAUCUCGCUUGAUGGAUGCAUCCACAAAAUUUAGGGAUCUUUGGAAAAGAAAACAUGAAACGGGACAAUGGCUUGAAAUUGAUACUGCUGAAAUGAUGUCCAAUCGCUCAGACUUCAUUGCAUUAAAUGGAUCUGGCAUUAUACUUCCCAAUAUGGCCGCUACUUCCCACACUGAAUUGGACUCAGAGAACAAUAUGAAAGCAAGUUCAGAUGUGCCUCCAAUGGACCGCCAACCAUUUGUCGGCCAACAAGAUAAUGUUCAAGGUCAGUUUCCACAUCAUAUGUUCCCUCCUUGGCCUGUUCAUUCUCCCCCAGGUGCUGUACCAGUCUUUCAGCCAUAUCCAGUGCAAGGAAUACCCUACUAUCCCACAUAUCCAGGAAACAGCCCAUUUAUGCAGCCAAAUUUUCCUCCUAUGGAAGACCCAAGACUAAUUGCUGGUCAAAAUAUGGGGCUCAGAAGGCAUUCCAUGGAUAGUGGACACAGCAAUGCUGAAUCAAGGUUGCAGGAUGAAGUGGAUAUGGAGAGAGGAGGUUCACAGACAGGAGAUCGACGGAAGAAGGGUAGCCGAUCAGGUAGACAGAAAUCUGGCAAGGUGGUCAUUCGGAAUAUCAAUUACAUAACGAAGACAGAGAACUCUUCUGGAAGUGGAUCAGAUUCAUAUUCUGCCUCAGAAAUUGACGAAGAUGAAGAUAAUCAGGAAUCUGUGAAGGCAUCAAAAAGAAGGGGACCCAGAAAAGAAUCUUCGAAGAAGUUGAAUUCAUCUUGCGAGGAAGAAGCUUACCAUGGGAAGGAUGCAGAUGGAGGAGCCUGGCAAGCAUUUCAAACUUGUUUACUCAGAGAUGUUGAUGAAAACAGACAUGCCAUUGACCAAGACCAAUUUAACACGGAAAAGGUAGAUGGAACCAGAAGAAAAAAGCAUGUUGUCGAUGAUCCUUUGGUUUUUAAUGAGCGGGAAAUGCAUCAAGUUCAAGGCAGUCGUACUAUCGAUAUGCAUAGCAUUAGCAAUGGACUGAUCCGCAUGCCGAAGACAUCCGAUGAUAAUUUAUUAUUAUCUGUAAGGGAAGGGCAGUCUGGUGGCGGUUGGUCUGCAGAUAAUGCACAAUCUUUAGAAGUGAAUGCAAAAGUUGGUGGUUAUAAGAGGGCUGCCGGUGAUGAUUUCAUCAUUCCCAAACAAGAAAGUCAGUCUGGCAAUUCACAUCCUUUCUCAGAUAUAGAAUCUACCAGUGGACUAGGUUAUUCGAACAAUAGUUUGCAAAGGAAGUUGUUUCAUGAGAUGAAUGACGAUUCCUACAUUUUGGAGUAUAGAUCAGUCCAUGUCAACGAUGCUGGAAAUAUUGAGAGAAAUGCUAUUGACAUAGACUCUGAGUUCCCAAUGGUGCAUCAGAAGGAAGAAAAACCUUCUAAUGACAUAAACAGUAUCAAUUAUCAGCCAGAUGUAUUAAGCAUGAUGCCUGAACGAGGAGCUGAAAGCGGAUCAAUGAGUUAUGACCCUGCUUUAGACUAUGAAAUGCAGGCGCAGGGUACUGGUGCUUUACAAAGUAAGAACAACGAGUUAUCAGCUGACACUAAACCAGGAUCUAAGAGGUUAGAUAAGGAGCCAAAAUCAAAACCUACUCCAAGUAGUUCUGAUAAAAGAAAGACCACCGGACCAGUAAGGAGAGGGAAGAAUUCUAAACCUAGUCCUUUGGAUGAAGCACGGGCACGUGCUGAGAGAUUACGGAACUACAAAGCUGAUCUUCAGAAAAUUAAGAAAGAGAAGGAAGAGGAAGACAUAAAACGCCUAGAAGCUCUAAAGAUGGAGAGGCAAAGGAGGAUUGCUGCCAGGAAUAGCUCAAGCACUACACAGUCGCCAGUCUCAUCACAGCUAAACAAGAAACAAUUUCCGUCAAAGCUUUCACCAAGCUCUUAUAAAGGAUCAAAAUUUAGUGAUUCACAGCCAGGACCAUCCUCACCGCUUCAAAGAUUCCCCACCAGAACUACUUCUGUUGGAUCGAGUGAUUCUUUAAAGGGCUCAAAAACCAGCAGACUCAAUACCAGAAGAAGUGACUUGGACGAAAACAAAUUAACCCGAUCAGUGUCUUCUUUGCCUGAAUCUAAGCCAGAGAAGGGUGAUAACUCAACUGAUACUAAGGCAUCAAUGGCACGGAUUAGAAGAUUGUCAGAACCCAAAGUGAGUACAACUCGUCAGACUUCCUCAGCUAAACCGACAAUAUCAAAGAUUAAAGCAACUGAUGUACCUGAGAGAAAAAAGAUUUCUGCUAUUGUGAGUCAUGAUAAAAGCAAGACAGCAGCCUUCCCAGAACUGAAAACCAGAACACCUAAAGCAAGUGACAUUGUCCAAAACGUAUCGUCAGUCAAAGAGAAGAUUGAGAAGAUGGAUGAUAACAAAUCUUCUGUGAACUCAGAAGGCACUCUGCUCAAGACAAAUGAAAUGGGAUUUUCAUCCAAUAAUGAUGGAGAUGACAAUCCUGUAGUUGAGAAGACUGUUGUGAUGCUUGAGUUUGAGAAACCUUAUGACCCUGCUAUUCAUAAGUCAGCAGAAAAAACUGAGAUUCCGAAGGUACAUUGUGAUAAUGGUAAAUUUACAGAGAAAACUGACUCAGCAUCCUAUUAUGUUGUUACUGCUCCCGAUUCACCACCAAGCAUGAAUGUAAUAGAUAAAGAAACCUUGGAAAGCCAAUCACACCUGCAACCCAUAUCUUCUGAGGUCAAAAUGGAUAAUACUGAAAAUGAACUUUCAAAAGCAUCCAAUAUUUGUACUGUUGAGGAGACAUAUCAUGCCCCUUAUGCUCGAGUUUCUUCUAUGGAAGAUCCUAGUACAAGAAACAGUGAGUAUGGUAGAGCUGCCCCUGCAGGUUUAGAGACUGCAGCAGUUGAUGUUGAGACUGUUAAAGCACAUGUGUCCGACAUUAGGAACUCAACACUUGAGAAGAUUCCUGAAGCAGUUGAGAAGCCUCAGGUGAAGGAAUCACCGAAAGGGUUCAGACGACUGUUGAAGUUUGGAAAAAAGAGUCAUGGCUCGGCUACUGCUGGACACAACACCGAGUCAGAUAAUGUUAGCAUCGAUGGUUCUGAGGCAGAUGAGAUUGGAGUUAAUGGUUCCAGUAACGAAGUUCAUACCUUGAAGAAUUUGAUCUCUCAAGAUGAAAUUCCUACUGCCAGCUCAACUCAACAAAAGUCUUCUCGCUCUUUCUCCUUGUUAUCGCCAUUUCGAAGCAAGAAUAGUGAGAAAAAGAUUAUGAUGGCUUGAUAGAGUGGAUGCUGUUAUUGGUAAGGUUGAUGCAGUGACAAGUUUGGGCACUUUAUUUGAUUCUUCUCAUUCUCCCCUGGUGUCAUGAGUUAUUGUCAAGUUGGAAAAGAUAAUUGAGCAAUGUAUUGCUAUGUAAUUGGUCUUUUUGUAUAUUCUGUUUUCUUGUUGAUCUGCCCAAGUGUUAAAGGAUGAUGGUUCAAUUAUUAUAUCCGAUAAGAUUUGAGCUUUGUUUUAA